AUGCCGCCACCUUCAGAGGAGCUUGGGGAAGCACCAGCUGCAGAUCCUGAACCUCUAGAACAGGAGCCUCCCAUCAUACAGCAAGAGGCAGAGGAUAGAGCUAUGAGAGAUGUCGUGCAGCUGUUGACUGGGCUAAUGGCAGGACAUGCCCGGAGGUGUGGCCUAGAUGAUGCCAACAGACAAGAUAGCUUGAGGGUUUGUGACUUCCUAGCUUGUAACCCUCUAGAAUUUUAUAGAUCAAGGACUACCGAGGACCCACAGGAAUUUAGUCGACAAAUACAGCGUACACUGCGAAUUAUUAGGGCUUCGGAAACUGAGUCAAUUGAAUUGGCCUCCUAUCGGCUACGUGACGUAGCCGCUAACUGGCACGAGUCUUGCGAGUUAUCGAGGGGCAAGGGUGCUCCUCUAGCUGAUUGGGAUGAAUUUAUAGAAGCCUUUCUUAGCCACUUCCUGCCUCCAGAAAUAAGACAAUCCAGGGUGGAUAGAUUCUUACAAUUAAAGCAGAACGACAGGAGUGUUCGAGACUAUAGCCUCGAGUUUGACUCAUUGGCAAGGCAUGCCCCUACAGUCGUAGUUGAUAUGGCAGAUAGGGUGGAUGAGUUAAAAGCGUUAGAUAUUCAGGGGCCGGACAAAGUUCUAGAGCUUCAGGGCCAUAUUGGGAGAGAAUGCCCACUUAAGAGUACUCUAGGUGGUAUGGCUCAGCCAACUAGAAUCGGAAUUAAGCCAGAGUUAAUAGAAUCGUUUGAGGUUGCUACGCCAGUAGGGGACUCUAUUGUGGUAAAGCAGAUAGACCUGCAGUCAGGCUAUCAUCAGGUGCGGGUAAGGGAGGAAGAUAUACUAAAGACUGCAUUCAGGACCCGGUAUGGGCAUUACGAGUUCAAAGUGAUGUUCUUUGGGCUGACUAAUGCUCCAACAAGAAGGUGGCUGGAACUACAGAAGGACUAUGAUGUCGACAUCUUAUACCACCCUUGGAAAGAGAAUGUGGUGGAAGAUGCACUCAGCUGUAAGUCAAUGGGUAGCUUGGCAGAGGUACAACCUGAACGGAAGGAGAUGAUCUGUGAGUUCUGCCAGCUUGCCAGCCUUGGAGUCCGCUUAGUUGAUUCGGGUGAUGAUGGGGUUUCUGUUCGAGGAAUUGUUGAAUCCUCCUUCAUGGAGGAAGUCACCGAAGAACUAGCCUACAAAGAACAACCAGUUUCCAUCCUAGAUCGACAGAUUAGAAGAUUUCGAACUAAAGACGUAGCCUCGGUUAAGGUGCUAUGGCGAAAUAGAAAUCGGGAGGAAAUGACCUGGAAGGCCGAAGAGGACAUGAAGAACAGGUAUCCGUACCUGUUCCUAAUAUCUACAGAUGAAUCCCAUAUGCUUCAGUAUGACGAAGUUGAUUUGGAUGAUUGUUUGAGCUACAUUGAGAAGCCAGUUGCUAUUUUAGACAAAGAUGUCAGGCAGUUGCCAUCUAGAGUCAUUCCUGUGGUUAAGGUCCAUUGGAGGCAUCAACCCAUCGAUGAGGAUACAUGA